CAAGCGGGGGCUAGAUCUUAAGUUUUCCUCAUGCAUCAUUAGAUGAUUCAUAACAACGUCAAGAUGUCGGGACGAUCAGGCCGUGCAGAGACCAGGAGUCGUGCUAAAGAUGACAUCAAAAAGGUUCUGGCUGCCAUCGAGAAAGUGCGGAAAUGGGAGAAGAAAUGGGUGACUGUUGGAGACACGUCCCUGCGCAUAUUCAAGUGGGUGCCGGUGACAGAAACAAAGCAGAUCUAUCGCAGCAAAUCUACUGCAGGUGGAGACGUCAGAGGACUCAAAGAUGUGGUGCUGGAAAACACAAACUCUUUGCCAGAUUUCGCUGAUGAAAAUAGCAACCAGAGCUUUCUGUCUGACGUCUAUCAUGCCAAGAUGGACAACAACAGCAGCAGCACCUCCAGCUCACAGCAGGUCAGCCCUCCUCAUACCUCGAACCUCCGAACUGAAGACUCUCAACCGCCAAUGCUCGGCCAGGAGAUCGUGGAUGUUCACUCUGGACAGGAUGGAGCAGAUGAGCCUCCAACUCUGAUUAAGGAAGAUCUUCUAUCAUCAGGCACUGGCAGACGGAGCGCCCCAGACACGCAGGAAGAAUCGGAUGAGUCAGGAGCCCCUCCCUUGAAGAAGAUUUGCAGUGGAGAAAAUACCGUUUUAAGAUAGUUGAGUUUACACAUCAGCGUACAAAACGUAUCCCUAACUGGCCAACAUUAAGGCUCUGGUGUAUUCUUUAUAUACCCUCAACUGGCAUUUCAUUUUCUGUACAAUUUUAUCUUGGUUUCAAGCAUAUUUUUCUUUGUAUUUUAAGUAUGCUCGUCAUUUUUUAAACUGUCUUUCUCCAGAGGAGGAAUAAUUUGAAGACUAUUAUUUUUUGUUUUUAUGAAUUACAGUAAAUCUACACAUUUCAGAAAUGGUUUCUACUAGAAUGCAGGCGAUAAGAGAUCUGUCCGAGGGAAGAGCUUAUACAGUAAGAAGGGGAUUCAUAUGGCCCCAUUUGUCGCGGUUUACCUGACACAUGACACGUGAACAAUUAGGGGUUGCACUAUCCACUUUAGUCGCCAGACGGCAGUAGAAUGUUGAAUAUCUUAAAAUGUGUUUUGUGGCAAUUUCAACUUUGACCACAGCGCCAGUUGCUAUGUAGAGUGGUGCUUUCCAUCAUUUCCAGCAGACUGCAUUGCUAAAUGAUUAACCCCUCCCUCUCAUGUGAGAUCCACCCAAGAAUGGGACCAUAUGAAUUCCUUCCCUACUGUGAAACAGUGUCACACUGUUGAGAUCUUUAGUAGAGGGUCCAUUGCCUUGCUUAAGAGCGCGUUAGCAGGUGCACAACACAAUUGCGUAUUGUAUGAAUGGAGCUCUACCACAUGAUACAAAAUUAAGCUAAAAAAUAAGCAAUUUGAUGUGUUAAAAAUGUUUCUCCUUUAAUCAGGGGAGUCCAGAGUGUGCAGCUUGUUUUUAAUUGGGCCUAGAGUAUUCUACAAAUUAUUAUUAAUGAGAUGUAUUAGAUAUUACACAAAAAGAUUUGUCACUUAUAUCACAAAGCUAAAAUGUACAUGUUUUGUUCAGAUAGCUUAGCAUAUAUUUCCCUAUAUUGCAUCUUUAAUGCACAAAAUGCAUCAUUUAUUUAAAGUUUAGACCAGGGACCAACUCAACUUUUGGUCUGCGGACCUGUGUUCAGUAACAUGGGCUGUUUGCGAUAGAGUCUUUUGAGGGGCUCUAUUAAGUGAACAAUAGUUUGUUUGCAAGCCGUUCUUGCUUUUUAUUUGGACGUUUCAAAAAUAAUUUGAUUUCAAGGGUUCAAUGAAGACAACGACACCAGCCAAAGGCUCAACACAGUGCCAUGAAAAGGUAUUUGCCCCCUUCUCAAAUUCUUAUUUUUUUAUGUUUAAGAUCAUCAAACAAAUGUAAGUAAACAAAGAUAACCCAAGUAAACAUAAAAUGCCGUUUUUAAAUUGUGAUUUUAUGUAUUUAAGAAACAAGUAUUCAAAGCUACCUAACCCUGUGUGAAAAAGUACCGCCUAACCCCCAACCGGAAUUUAUUUUAUUUUUUGCUCAGAAUUAUUUUUAUUUUUUUUUCCAACCUGAAAUUUCUUAUUUUCGUGACCAGAAUUUCCCUUAUUUUAAUGACCAGAAUUUCCCUUAUUUUUCAUAAUUUUCCCUUAUUUUUCAUCAUUUUCCAGACCAGAUUCCCCCCCCCCCCCACCAGAAUUUCCCUUAUUUUCUAAUACACCCUUCUCAGUGGCCUAGUGGUUAGAGUUCGGUAGGUUGUGAGUUCAAACCCCUGGAGAAUCGGGGCGCAGUGGACCGUACAUAACAAGGUGCUAGAAAAAGCGCCGCCUGAUGCAUGAACAGUAAAAAAAAAAACAGUUUUCAAGACACAGGCAAUGCUUGAGCUCACAAAAAGGACCUUAAAGGGAUGAUUACAGCCAGCUGGAAUUUGGGUGUCCCAUUCAGUAGAAAACUGUACAAUUCCACUCCGUUUAUACGCCUUACUCGGUGGCCUAGUGGUUGGAGUGUCCGCCCUGAGAUCGGUAGGUUGUGAGUUCAAACCCCGGCCGAGUCACACCAAAGACUAUAAAAAUGGGACCCAUUACCUCCCUGCUUGGCACUCAGCAUCAAGGGUUGGAAUUGGGGGUUAAAUCACCAAAAUGAUUCCUGGGCGCGGCCACCGCUGCUGCCCACUGCUCCCCUCACCUGCCAGGGGGUGAACAAGGGAAUGGUUCAAAUGCAGAGGACAAAUUUACACCUAGUGUGUGUGUGACAAUCAUUGGUACUUUAACUUUACUUUUAAAUUUCCUCCGAAACCUAAAAAGUGGUUGGGCCACCCUUAGCUGUAACAACUGAAUUGGAAAGU